GAUAUUGAUUUAAAACUGCCAAUGUGCAGGUGUAAUCUAACGUUGCUUAUCCAAACGUGUUGACAAGUUGCAAAUUAAAUAUCUGGAUGUUCUUAUCCCCAAAAUUAUAGGAAGAAAACAACAGCCGGUCGGACCGGUGAAGAUUAACUAGGUCACAUACACGAACCGGACCAAUAAAUAGCUACGGAGGGCGCAGAAGUUAAGGUUAGGGCCUAACGAAGAUACGAAGCCGGAGAAGAGGGCUGGAGCCUAUAAUCUUAUCUUUACUUGCAAUUACACAGCACCAACAGCAUGGAUCGGUACCAGAAAGUGGAGAAGCCGAAGGUCGAGACUCCGAUUGAUGAGAAUGAGAUUCGGAUUACGAGCCAAGGCAGGAUGCGAAGCUACAUCACUUACGCCAUGACUCUGCUUCAGGAGAAAGGUUCAGAUGAUAUAGUGUUUAAAGCUAUGGGCAGAGCCAUUAACAAAACUGUGACGAUUGUGGAGUUGAUCAAGAGGAGAAUUGUUGGUCUUCACCAGAUCACUGCAAUUCAAUCUACUGACAUAACUGACACAUGGGAACCCCUGGAGGAAGGGCUUCAAAUUCUGGAAACCACAAGGAAAGUUUCAAUGGUCACAAUCACACUCUCAAAAAAAGAGCUGGAUACGAAAAACAUCGGGUACCAACAGCCAAUACCAGCAGAUCAGGUCAAGGUGUCUACAGAUCUAGACUAUGAUGGAGAGGGAUCGCCUCCUACCCGUGGAAGAGGCCGUGGUGGCAGAGGGAGGGGGAGACCUAGAUUCCAAUCUGGUAAUGGUUUUGCUUAUGCCGAGUAUGAUGAUGGAGGCUAUGAAAGGAAUCGUGGGUAUGCCAGAGGUAGGGGACGAGGUAGAGGCCGCGGUUUCCGUGGCCGUGGAAGGGGAGGCUACAAUGGUCCUCAGGGUGAUGGUCAGCUUGAUGCUGGAGGCUACAAUCAAGAAGCACCACGAGGUCGUGGGCGCGGGAGGGGAAUUCGUGGAAGGGGUCGUGGGUUCAGAGCUAAUGGGCCGGUCCAAGCAGCUGCUUGAGUUGCUUAGGUGUUCAAACUUGGGGUUUAUUGUAUGAGGACAGUAUGUUCUAUAAGCUGAUAUGUGUAUCCACCCCAUUCUAUGUUAGUUUGUUUAUUUAUUUAAUUUUUUCCUCCAAUUCUAGUUUUAACUUUAGGGUGUCGUCUCAUCUCAUGUCAUGUGUAAUCAUUGUAGACUAAGUUGGGCCGCGCUAGCGUGCUGAGCCGUUUUUGUUCUCUGUGCCACGCAUUUCAUUUGGACAUCCAUAGUUGUUUAGUAUAACGUGAUUGGUGAGGACCACAUUCUUUUA